AUGGCGAUAUUCGCGGUUCUUCUACGUGCGGCCGACAUAUCCUCUACGGAUAAAUAUGAAACUGCUAUCAAUGCCAUUGGCCCUAGGAGCAGAGGUGUUUGUGUCCCGGUCCUCGAAACGGUUCUGAUGAAUCUAGAGAAUUUGAAACAGACUAUUGCGGCAGGGCCGAAGGUAGACGGAGUAAUUAUGACCAGUGCCAGAUCUUGCGAGGCCUGGAAGGCCGUCGUCGCACAGUCUGCAGAUGAACAGACGCAAUUAUGGUCAAAUGUCCCCUUCUACGUCGUCGGAGCUGCCACUGCCGCCUCUCUACGCGAAAUUUAUCCAAAACCUGAUCAGAUUCGUGGAGAACAUAGUGGAACUGCGGAGCUACUAGCUCGAUUCAUUUUGGAGCAGACGCCAGGAAAUCGCCCGAAGUAUCUCUUGUACUUGACUGGAGACAAGAAUCGGGAAACUUUGCCCAAAGUCAUGGAUGAGGGCCAUGUUGACUUGGUGUCACUCCAAGUUUAUGAGACUUGCGGUAGCUCCAGGUUUCCUGAUGAUCUACGUGAAGCGUUGCAAGGUUGCCAAAGAGAUGCUGAAAUUUGGAUUGUAUUUUUUGCACCAUCCGCUGCCGAAUUUGUCUACCCCCAUUUACAAGCACAAUUUCAUUUUCGGUCUAUAGACACCAGGCCAUCGAAUGACGACAAACCACUGGUGCGUAUCGCUGCUAUUGGUCCUACCACAGCUUCUUUCCUUCGUGAUAAACUACGUCUUCAUGUCGAUGCAAUUUCUGCAAAGCCAAAACCUGCUUCGUUGGUUGAAGCAAUACGAGAGUGUCUGUAUACGUAG